GUCUACUGCAGCUCAAGAUGGCUACCAAAAUCAAUGGAGGCUCUGUUGUGGAGAUGCAGGGAGAUGAAAUGACCCGGGUCAUCUGGGAACUGAUUAAAGAAAAGCUGAUUUUCCCUUACAUAGAUCUGGAUUUGCACAGCUAUGACUUGGGCAUGGAGAAUCGUGAUGCCACAGAUGACAAAGUGACAGUGGAAGCUGCUGAAGCUAUAAAGAAAUACAAUGUUGGCAUAAAGUGUGCAACCAUCACUCCUGAUGAGAAAAGGGUGGAGGAGUUCAAGCUGAAGCAGAUGUGGAAGUCUCCCAAUGGGACAAUUAGAAACAUCCUUGGUGGCACUGUCUUCAGGGAGGCCAUCAUCUGCAAGAACAUCCCGCGGCUGGUGUCUGGAUGGGUGAAACCCAUCGUCAUUGGCCGUCAUGCUUACGGGGACCAAUACAGAGCAACUGAUUUUGUGGUACCUGGGCCUGGAAAAGUGGAGAUGACAUACACUCCAAAAGAUGGAGGCAAACCUGUCACCUAUUUGGUCCAUAACUUUGAACGCUGUGGUGGUGUGGCCAUGGGAAUGUACAAUCUUGACCAGUCUAUCAAGGAUUUUGCCCACAGUUCCUUCCAAAUGGCCCUGUCUAAAGGCUGGCCUCUCUACAUGAGCACCAAGAACACCAUCCUGAAGAAAUAUGAUGGCCGCUUUAAAGACAUCUUCCAAGACAUCUAUGACAGAGAAUACAAGUCCCAGUUUGAGGCCAAAAAGAUCUGGUAUGAGCACAGGCUCAUUGAUGACAUGGUAGCUCAGGCCCUGAAAUCUGAGGGAGGUUUUGUCUGGGCCUGCAAGAACUACGAUGGAGACGUGCAAUCCGACUCUGUUGCACAAGGCUACGGCUCUCUGGGGAUGAUGACCAGCGUGCUGAUCUGUCCUGACGGCAAGACUGUUGAAGCAGAAGCUGCUCAUGGCACCGUUACUCGUCACUACCGCAUGCACCAGAAAGGCCAAGAAACCUCCACCAACCCCAUUGCCUCCAUCUUUGCAUGGACCAGAGGACUGGCUCACAGAGCCAAGCUGGACAACAACACCAGCCUCAAGAACUUUGCCACUGCCCUGGAAGAGGUCUGCAUUGAGACCAUUGAAUCUGGCUUCAUGACGAAGGAUCUUGCUGCCUGUAUCAAAGGCCUACCCAAUGUCAAGCGUUCUGACUACCUGAGCACCUUUGAGUUCAUGGACAAGCUUGCUGAAAACUUGAAGGGGAAGCUGGAUGCCCUGCCCAAACUCUAAGGCACAGGUUGUGCCUGAGCUCCACUAACGAAGCGUCUCCAGUUUACGCUCUGGUUAAGUGGCACUGGAUCACAAUCUGUUGUGUAACAUUUCAAAUACUAGAAGAAAUCAACACGUACAC